AUGUAUUAUAGGAAAUUGACAGAUGACUACUACGAAGAAGUCUACACAAAAAAUGUAGAAAACAUUUCUUUUAUAAAAAUUGCUCGCAUGUUGUACUGUUUUUUCUCUGUAAUAUUGCUGCUAGGUUUUUCAUGUAUUACCCAUGGAAAUAAAGGAAUUGUUUAUUUAAUAUAUUCUUUUUUUCCUAGUUGUGUUUAUCUAUAUUGGUUUCGAAGAAAAAUCAAAAGGAAAAUAAAAUUUUCGCAUGUUAUAGAAAUGAUAUUAUAUGGAGCUAUACUAUCAAUAUUUUUUGCAGGCAUUUUAGAAUAUAUCUUAUCAUUUUGUUUUUUUUAUUUUUGUCAUAUAUGCUUUUUAAAGGAAAUCAAGGAAACUCCUCUACUUAUGUGCUCACUAGCUGUAUUCUUCUACUUCUUUUUUAUAGUGGCUUACGUAGAAGAACUGUCAAAAUUUUUUCCCAUGAUUUUUGUUCAUCUAAAUAAUAAAAAAUAUAAAAAGGAGUAUACAGAAUUACCAUUUGCUGAUAACAACACUAAUUUAAAUGAAAAUUUAUACGAUAAAGGAGAGAACAAGAAAGACAAUAAGAUGAUUAAAUUUAACUACAUUUACGUAAAUAGCAGAUUAGAAUAUAUUUUUUUUUCCUUGUGCUCUUCCGCUGGAUUUUCGAGCAGCGAAAACUUAUUUUAUACUACACAAACAACACGGCAGAAUUUUUUAACAGUUAUAACACUAAGAAAUUUGAUAUGUGUGUUGUUUCACAUGUGCUGCUCUGGGGUGUCAUCUAACAAUGUAGCUAGUCAUGUACAUUCUAAAAAUACCAAAGGGGCUAGAGUAAACGUGUUGCAUAUAUUAUGUUCCUUGUUUUCUUCUUCACUGUUUCAUGCGGUAUAUGACUAUUCAAUAUAUUUUAGUUCAUUAAAUAUACCUAAGUAUCAAGUUUGGUUUUUAACAAUUUUGUUCACAUACAGUUUUUUCUCCAUGUUGCUCAUGUUUUUUGUUGUAAUUAAAAGAAUAGUUUAA